CACGGCGGGGCCGGGCCCGGGCACGCCGAGCUCGGGAAAAACUGCGAGUGGCUGUGGGAAAGGCAGUGUUGGGAACCCGCGGGGAGCGUGGGGAAAAGCAGCCACUUUCUGAAAAGGUUCGCUGAUUUCACGCUGUGAAAAGUUGCCGGCAAUUCUCAGGCAACUUCCUGAGAAAGCGGCAGAGGAGCGGCAGGGCUGGGGAGAGCGGCGGGUUUGGGACAGCGUUAGAGGAAACCCGGCAGGGUUUGCGAGAACGGCGAAGGAAACUGGGCAGGGUUUGGGACAGCGGCGAAGGAAACCCGGCGGGUGUCUGAGGAGUUGCGGAUUUGCAAAGAAAAACAGCCCAAGUUUCAAAAAGAGCGGGCUUUCAAGGAAAAAUACAGUUCCGAGCCGCGUCGGCGAAGAGGCGAGAGCCGGUGCUGCGAGGACAGCGUUAUCCCGGCGGUCCCAUGGCUGCGCGGCGCUGGAGGGGUCUCCCCUUUGGGAAUCUCUCUGAUUGUCCCAACGGCUCCCGCUGGAUCAUGGAUGUGUUCAAUGAGUGUGCCCAGGACAGCCGGGAUGUCGCCAGCAUCGUGCUGGGGCUGGGCUCCAUCGUCUGCUUCAUCGCCGCAGCCUUCCCGCAGUUCUACCAGGCCUGCAGAACGGGCAUCAUGGACCAGGCUCUCUCCAUCUAUUUCCUGCUGGGAUGGCUGGGCGGAGACCUCCUCAACCUCAUCGGUUCCUUCCUGGCUGAUCAGCUGCCCCUGCAGGUGUACACGGCCAUUUACUACGUGCUGGCAGACCUGGCCAUGCUCUCCCUCUACUGCUACUACCGGCUGAAGAACGGGGGCAGAGCCUUCCCUGCUCCCAUCAAUGCAGCCUUCGUGUUCCUCUCCGUGGGGUCCCUGUCCAGCCUCUCCCUCCUGGGCAGUGCCAGCACCGAGGCUCCAGGAGCCUCCUUCAAAGGGAGGUCUCUGCUGUCAGCUCCUGGGGAUGAGCUUGGACCAAAGCCUUUCUCCAGGACUGAAAUCAUCGGAUUUGCCAUCGGCUCCAUCUCCUCCGUGCUCUACCUGUGCUCCCGAGUGCCCCAGAUCUGCACCAACUACCAGAGGAAAUCCACCAGCGGGGUCUCCUACUCUCUCUUUGCCCUGGUGAUGCUGGGGAAUUCCCUGUACGGCCUCAGUGUCCUCCUGAAGAACCCGGAGCCAGGCCAGGGCCAAGGUGACUACAUCCUGCACCACCUGCCCUGGCUGGUGGGCAGCCUGGGCGUGCUGGCCCUCGACGUGGUUAUCUCCUUCCAGUUCCUGGCCUAUCGGAAAGGACGGCCUGGCACCCUCGAGGAGAGGGGUGCUCUCCUGGGGGAGCCGGAUGAGAGCUCAGAGAGCUGACAGAGGGACCUGCCCCACAGGGAGAGGAGGAGGAAGAGGAGGAUGCACAUGAGGAAGGUGGCCUUAGGGCUGGGCACACCAGCCCCUCCAUCCUGGUGGCUCCUGGCAGAAGAGGCCCCGAGGCCGUGGGUGACACGUGGUGCUGCCCAGGCGGUGGCCGAAGAUGCUGCUGGGACACCUAGUGCCUCUUUGAUACCAAUGAUGCUUUCAGGAUAAAAGGGAAUUUUUGGAUACCUCAGUUGCUCUUCGCUGCUCCAGUGCCCCACAGCUGAGCCUGGUCACUGCUGUGUCUGCCAAGGGUGAUCUGGAAUUUCCUUGGUGCUGAAAAACAUGGGGAGAGCCUGAGUGGGGAGGGGACAGGGUGACUGACCUGCCACAGACACAACCCUGUGACCUCACAACUGCCCCCUCAGCUCCUUCUGGAAGACACAGGGCUGGAUCCAGUGGGGAAGGAGCAGCAGAACCAAAGAGUUCAGUCCACACCUAUUUUAAUUAGCACGGCUCACCCAUCUAUAAAACACAUCCUUCCCCACCUGCGUCCUUUGGUUUCAUUUUGCUGCUUUACCUGGCAGCUCCUGCCUCUUUGCUAAUGAGUCUCACAGUCCCAUUUCUCUGACUUCUCUUUUUUUGCCUCACCCAUGUUUUAAUUGCAUGGAUUCCUUGGGGAAGUUGCUCCAUUGCUGUUCCCCAGCAGAAGAGCUGCUUCUCUGCUCGCUCUGGUUUUCACUUCCUGCCCUCUCUCCUUGAUGAAUUUAUCAACCUGACAAAUUUAUCCUCAACCUGAUGUAUUUAUCCUCAAUCUGAUGAAUUUAUCCCCAGCACUAUUGAGUUUAUCCCCCUCUUGGGGCCCUGAACUCAGCACAGUGCUCCUCGAGCAGGGAAGGACAGGAAGCAGGGCUGGGCUAUCACAGCUUGGCCUUGUGAAAACAAGAGCUUUCCUUUCCUGCAAUUCCUAUCAGCUCUUCCUUUUGCUUCCCUUUCCCCUGUCCAGCUCCCUUCCUGAUACCCAGCAUCGUGUCUCUUUUGGCUUUAGCUCCAUUAUCAUUAAUUUAUGGUUCCUCAGCCAGUCCAUGACAUUUGUCCUUCCCAAGGAAGUUGCUCUGCUUUGUUCUCACACUGAGGACACCAAUCCAUGGAUCUCACAUUAAAUGGGAUUCCAACUGCUCAGUGCCCACCCAGCUGCAGCAGCAGGUUCAUGGGAACACAGGCUGGGCCAGUUCUUGGGACUGAGCCAGCUGCCUUCAGAAAGGAGAUGUAUUUUUCAGUCUCUCUGAGCCCCUUGAACCAAGUGAGUGAAUUUUUACUGGAUUAAUUAAGGAUUCUGCCCCUCCAGCUUCACAGGCAAUGGGACUGCUCACCUCAUCCUGAAGCAGCAGCAUUUCCUGUCCUGUCUUACCCCGGGAAUUGUAGAACAGUUCAUCUGUUUUAAUCCAAACCAUGAGUAAUCCCUCAUCUCUGCCACUACAACACAAAAUAAUUGAAAAUAGUUGUCACAUACUGGCUUUUCCCAAACCUGGGCAAAGAAGCUCUGCCAUAAGGAGGAAAGAGUGCAUAUGUGUGUAUAUGUAUAUAUUUAUAUUUGUGUCACAGUCUGUCCCCACAGGUGCACCUGGAGCACCAGUUAGGUACAAAGCUGAUUGACUCUGACUUUCCUUGGGCUGGGCAGGAUGGAGCAAGGUGAGCAGCUGCACCCAGAGCUCACACACCCACAGCCACCCCAGGGUGGCUGCAAUUCCUGAGGCUCUCCCAAGGUUCCCAUCCCUCCAAGUCACUGCUGCAGCUCUGUCCCUGUGAUCAGGAUUUUGCAGAGGCAAAUGUUAAAGCAGAAAAGGCCGUGCAGGAGCAACCCCCCCUGAGAGAGAGGACAACUGAAAACCUCAGCAGAUCUCCCCCUCCCAGGCUCCAGAGCUCACACAAACAUCUCCAGCUUCAGCAAAGGUUUGUGCUGGGACAGAACCCUGAGGCUGCAGCCAAAUCCCGGAGUGGAGUGUUCCCUGGGGAAUCCCAGCCUUUCCCAGGCUGUGUCCCACAGCAGCUCCUGCAGGCUCUGGGUGAACUCUGGCCACGUGCAGGAGUCUGGGUGGGACACAGUCAUGGUACAAAACCAAACUGGAGCACAUUAAUUAAGCCCUGUUAAUGCCAACGGUGCCCACUUGCAGAGGGUCACACAGGGCGGUGCCCAGGGCCAGGAAGAGCCCAGCAGAUCUUUCUGUGCUUCCCCAGGAUUAGGUCUGGUACAACCACAGCCUGCAGGGAACCCAAAGCUGUGCCAGGUCCCUCUGCCCAAGGGCUCAGGAGGAGACGCUGGGGGAAGGUCACCGGUGACACAGGAGGAGCUUUUGGGUCAGGGAUGGGAGGAACCACCCACCCCAGCACGGCUGCCCUGCCCAGGGCUGGACACAGGAGCCCCCAGGCAGACCCUCCUCCCCUGCACACCUGCAGAUCCACGUGCUGGAUGCCUGGAGCAUCAACCCCAGCACCUUGGAAGGGCAGCAGAGUGAGUAACACAAGGCCAAAGAG